GUGCCACGUCCAAUCAGCUAGCGGCGUUUCAAUCCUAUAAUUUUGGCGGCGGUCGGAAGAUGGCGGAAAAUUUGAAAGCUGAAGUUUGUAGGGUAGCAUGCAUCGCUACUGUAGACCAGCUGGAGGUGAUCUGUCGAGAGCAGGGGGUGAAAUGCGAAGAGCUGGGUAUCAGCAAGCACAACCUGUGUGACUAUGAGGUGGAAUAUCUCUGCGACUACAAAAAGAAAGUCAUCAACCUUGGGAAGACACAAAUAGUACAGGAGUUAUACUUGGUGAAAUGGAAGGGCUACCCCGAAUCCAGCAACACAUGGGAACCACGGAAGAACCUGAAGUGCGUAGAUCUUCUCAACCAGUUCUGGGAGGACCUGAAUGCAGAGAUGCAGAGACAGAAGAAGCGUGCUGCCCCUCGUCGACUAGACCCUGCCACCGUGUCCCAGCUCAUCCAGCGGGCCAAACUCCGACAGACCCUUAAACGGUGGGAGACACACCUCAACAGCCUGGGCACCCACAAAGGCCACAUCUACGUCCGGAACCAGGUCGACCUGGAAGGCCCGCCCAAGAACUUCACCUACAUAAACGACUAUAAAGUGGGUGAUGGGAUCUUGCUGAAUGAGGUAUCCGUGGGCUGCGAAUGCACAGACUGCCUGGAAAACCCUGUGGAGGGAUGCUGUGCCGGAGCAUCGCAGCACAAGUUUGCUUACAAUGAGUUAGGCCAAGUCCGCAUUCGGCCCGGGUUGCCCAUUUACGAAUGCAACAAGCGCUGCUGUUGCGGGAUCGACUGCCCCAACAGAGUGGUGCAGAGGGGAAUUCAGUAUUCCCUCUGCAUUUUUAGGACAGACAAUGGAAGGGGAUGGGGGGUAAAGACCACAGAGCGCAUUCGGAAGAACACUUUCGUUAUGGAGUACGUCGGGGAGAUCAUUACAACAGAAGAAGCCGAACGCAGAGGUCACAUAUAUGAUAAAGAAGGCGCCACCUAUCUUUUUGAUCUGGAUUACGUUGACGACGAGUACACCGUGGAUGCUGCUCACUAUGGAAACAUCUCUCACUUUGUCAAUCACAGUUGUGACCCCAACCUCCAGGUAUAUAAUGUGUUCAUUGAUAACCUGGAUGAGCGGCUGCCGCGGAUAGCAUUCUUUGCCACACGUGGGAUAAAGGCAGGAGAGGAACUCACAUUUGACUACAACAUGAAAAUUGAUCCAGUAGAUGCAGAGAGCACGAAGAUGGAUUCUAAUUUCAGUCUGACGGGACUCCCAGGCUCUCCUAAAAAGCGCAUGCGUGUAGAGUGCAAAUGCAGGGUACCGACAUGUCGAAAGUACCUCUUUUAGAGGAAGUCCAUGCUAAACAGGGACUGAAAGAAGAUCAUGUGUUCCAGUGAAUGUUGAAAGCAUCUGCAGUUUAGAAACUGUUUUGGGAUGUGUUUGGAAAUACUUCAUUGAAUUUUAAAUAUAUAUUUAAGAAUUUGUUUUUAUUUCCCCAAGAUCAACCUCAACUUUUUCCGUAGUAUUGUUGUCUUCCGUGUUUAAAUAGUGUAUAAAAUGUAGCAAUACUUUUUCAAUUUGUCCGUUAGAAAAGUUUGUGAAGUAAAAAGUAAUAGUUUUAAACCCAUAUUUUAAUUAAUAUCAAGCUUUGACUCCAUGGAAUUAUUAAAGAAAAAGAUUUUACUCUUUUUUCUUUUUUUUGAACAUUGAAAUGUUCAUAUGCUUUAUCUGUUUGAAUAGAAGGGAUUCUCUUUUUACUUUUUCCAACAAACUUUUGUAGUCUUACUACUUGCCCUAUUUUUAGGAAACAUCUUUAGGCCAGUGCAAAAUAUAAAAAAUCUAUAAUGUCCUUCUAUUUUUUUUCUUGACCUCAAAUUCCCACCAGGGGGCAAAAUUUUAUUAUUAAUGCACAGAAGGGGAAAGUUCGUUAGACUGAAGGAGGUGGACCUACAUGAAAUGUUGCCUUUCACGCAUGCAAAAUGUUAUCAUUCUGUGUUUUGUGUGUAUAUAGUCUAACAAAAUAUAUUCAUACUGUCAAACUUUUUUCAGUGACUAUUUGAGCGCUGUGCUUAACUUUGGUUAUUAUUUCACAGGUCUAUUCAGGGCUGUGUUUCCCAAAAGCAUAGUAAGACUAUUGUUGAUAGCGGUUCAUACAUCAUUCUACUUAUGCUUACUAUGCUUUUGGGAAUCACAGCUCAGGUGGUUUUCAGAACUGGACCGCGAAGCUGGAAUGUGUGCUGUAGAUUAAUGUGAGAUGAUAAAUUCUGUAUUAACCCAUGCUCAGGACCAUUUUGCUUAAAUUUAAUCAAUUCACACAAUUCUAUAACUAUCGUUCAACCAAAUCUGUGCAUAUGUAAAUAUUUAAAGACUACCACUUGUUUUUAUUGGUUUUGCAUUAAAAAAAUAAAAUAAAAUCAAGACACCUUGUCAGACCUCACAUUUAUCUCACACUCAUGAAUGUGUAACAAACUAUGUUCUUGUUUAUUAAAUUGUAUCAUGAGUUCCACUGCUCUGUGAAUACAACUGUUUAAUGCCAAAGUUUAAUUGAUUUCAGUUUGGAUAAUUUCUCAUUUUUGUUGACAUUAACAGCAAGCAUGAUCAUCUUUAUGUGAAGGGCUGUACACACACACAAAAAAGCUGUGAAAUAAACAGAUCCGCUUUUAUGA